AUGUCUUUCCGCUCCAACGGACAGCAGCGACGAUACGGCCAUGUGCCUCCAGCUCAGUAUGGAACAGCAGGAGCGCAGGAUCCAAACAACCCUUCAGGCCUACGUAGGCAUUCGAGCUUUGAUACUGGUGACGACGGCGCAUUUCACGACACGAACGGCAACAGAUACCAGGGAGGAGCUUCGUCAGCGCAAGUAAGAGCACAGGAAGAGCUGUUCAUGACAAGUCCGAAUGUGCAGUCCCCUCAAUCUCCAGUUCGAGGUUCUUUUGGAAAUACGACUCCAGCAUUGUCAGGAUAUCAACAUCAGUAUCAGCCUUUCCCACCAGGUCCACAUUCACCGCCGCUGCCACAGGCUCAGUACAAUCCCCAGCAUUUUGCCAGAACGCAGUCCCAGAUACAGACAUCGCAAUAUCGACCUCAGCCUGCAUAUCCCCCUACCCCGACAACACAUCAACCCUAUAACCCGGCAUUGUACCAGGCUCCUCCGCAGCCAGCGCGUCAAGCCACGGUCUCUGGGUACAACAACCAUGCGCCACCACACGGUUUGGGGGCAAUGCAACAAACUUCGCAAGCACCUACCUACUGGCCAUCUCCUCAAAAACCACAGCAGUUCUCCCCUCCUGUUCCUAGUCGGCCGAAUCAGCAAUAUAUGUACGAUCAGUCAUUGGUGAGCCCGACAGAUACACCAUCAGGCUCGGCCCCUCUACAGCCGCACUACAGUCCACCUUCUGCCCCUUACCCAACAAAUGGUGAGGACUGUGGCUCGAACAGAAGUUCCUCUACGAAUCAAGCGACUGUCCAACUUCCCGAUUAUGGAUCGUAUGAAGCAUCUCAUGACCUUUACGAAGACCAUCAGUCAUUUGUCGAGCGAACGAACAGACCGUCUAGCCACUCGAUAUCCGGGACACAGCUGAAUGCAGGCCUCGGACUCCAAAGGCAUCCCACUCAAAGGCCGCUGCCGAGUGCCCCGGUGGAAGACGCAGGUGACGAUGAUGACUGGGGAAUCGAUAUUCCUGAUGAUGGCGUCUCACAGGAGCAGCUAUUCGCAGAUAUUGGAGAUGCCCUAGGAACAUCUGGAUCAAGGUAUGGGAGACAAGAAGGAGGCGAUGCAGAAAGUGAAGAUCUCUUGGACAGUGAGCUUCAAGAUCUUCACAGUUAUGAUUCUCGGUCGGUUAAGAUUGGUAAUUCCGGAGCCAUUGAUAGACAUCCGUCCACGGCGGCUACUUUGAACAAUGAUUAUGACAAGAACUACGACGAUUACGACGAUGACAGUGAUGUAGAAGCGGCCGCAGGGCUGGAAGCUAUGCGAAUUGCAGAGGAAGAGGAUCAACGAGGAAGAGCUUUGGGCUUCGGGACUUAUGAUCCUACUACACACCAGCCAUCGCUAGACGGAAGCAGUGAUAGCGAUUACAAGAAUAUGGAUCUGGGUCUGGCUGGGGGAGGAUACGAUGCUCAUUUGUCGUACGGGGAUGAUCAGAAUACAGGACAUAGCAGCGAGAUGGAUGACCAAAGCCGACCCCUACCUACGCCAAAAGAAAUAAAGUCGGAUAGCCACACACGAACCCCAGCCGCCGGCCUUGGAGGAAUGACCGACUAUUCCAUCCCAGGUGUAGGAGAUAUUCACCCAUUUCCAGCUUUCGAAGCAGCUCGAGUCGAUGUUUCUGGUACGGGUGGCCUGCAGAGACCUACCUCACAGUCCCACAGACUCAGUUUCGACGAAGGCGAUGAGCAGGUCUCACUUCACUCCCGAAUAUCCGAUCCUCAUCUUAAUGGAAGAUCUGGAAGCGAAAGCCCAUCCCGUGAUGAUAUGCCAGAGCUGUUCUAUCACCCUGGUAUGAGUACAACGUCAUAUAACAGACCUCUCCCUGCUGUUCCACCAUUGUCUGAACACCGGAUUCCACAACUUCUCCCAGCCGGGUCCUAUAGAGCCCAGCACCAGCACCAGCACUCCCACUCAUAUUCGUCGAGUGUCGAGGGCGCCAGAUCUUUCUGUACUCCUGCUGGGCCAGAUGCUUGCUCGCCCUCAAAUCUGCUCACACCUAGUAGCCAGUACGUCCCAAGAUCUACGUCUUUAUCGAGUCAUAGCAGUACACCUCAGCAUCUAGCACCUGUAAGGUCCAAGACCGAUGCAGAGGAGAGACAAGCAAAGCAGAAGGCGGCGAGAUCCCAUUCGCGUCCACCAAGCGGUCUGGAUGGUUAUGAUGUUGGUUCUACUCCUACAUCUUCAAUUACGCUUGAUCUUCCGGCCUUGCCAGCUGGUCGUAGGAAGAAGUUUUCUCCGUCAAGGUUAUCAUCAGCAGAGUACAUAAGAUGCGAGGAGCCUUGGGCUUUGAGUGGCAUUGCUGCUUGGAUACGAGAGCUGGCAGGAGGAGAGACUGGAGAAGGCGAGUCGGACUUGAGAGAGAAGACUAUUGCAGAUGGCCUUGUAGCUUUGUUUACAAACAAAGUCCCGACCAUGAAUACAGCCGACGCCGAGACAUUGAGCCAGAGAGUCGUCAAGUCUAUGUUCGACGCUGGUAUCCUUCUUCCGGAAGAGGAAUGGGUCAAAUUUGGUCCGGGAACAAUCAACGGAGUUCUGUGGCAAUUGACUGGAUCCGGGUGUUAUUCACCCCGAGUCCAUGAACAGGAGGUCCCUGGAAGAUGCUACUCGCAUCAUUGCACGCGGACUUUGAAGAAGAUCAAUUUGCAAAACCACGUUUUGGAGCCAUCGAGGAAGUCAGAAGAUUGGGUGACUUUCUUCAAACUGACCAAAGAGAUGCUUGAUGGUUCGUCAAAGAAGGAGAUUGAGCGACAGAACAAUCUGCACGAGAUCGUCAUGUCGGAAGAUACUUUUAUGGACCAGAUCAACGUUCUGCGAAUUCUGUACAGAGAUGAUCUUGCAUCAUGGCAACCUCCGAUCAUCUCCAAAAACAAGGUUACGAGGUUCAUCUCGUCUGUGUUCGGUAAGGUCGAAGCGAUCAAGGAAGUGAACGAGAAUUACUUGCUGCCUCAAUUGAAGUACCGGCAAAAGGAGCAAGGUCCGUGGGUAAUUGGCUACAGCGACAUCUUUAGAGAGUGGAUUCGCAAAGCUCGGGCCGCAUACGUGGAAUACGCUGCUGGGUUCCCAUAUGCUGUCUACCUGGUAAGAAAAGAGGCGAACAGGAAUCUCCUGUUUCGCCAAUUCCUGGACCAGGCGCGGGAUAACAAACUUUCUGGCCGUCUUGAUUGGAACACCUAUCUCAAGGCACCCAUUACCCGACUGCAAAGAUACGGCUUGCUUCUCGGGACAGUGCUGAAGAAUAUGAGCCAGGAUACUGAAGAGAAGGCUACUCUCGCUAUUGCCAUUGAGGAAAUAAAAGCCGUUACGCUUGAAUGUGAUGCCAAGGUCGAUGAGCAUACGAAGAAGGUGAACAUGAUUGAGCUGGAGGCUAAGCUGUAUCUCCGACCUGGUAUGGAAAGGGUCGAGCUCAAUCUUAACCACCUGGGUCGAGAACUCAUCUUCGAGGGAGACUUACAACGAGCUGGUGCCAAUCGCUUUGCCUGGCUUGAUACUCAUGCCAUUCUCUUUGAUCAUUAUCUUGUGCUGGCAAAGACGGUCACCAGAGCAGAUAGUGCUGCUGGGCCAAAGAAGGUGGUCUACGAUGUUUCCAAGCUUCCUAUCCCCAUGCAGCUUCUUGUUCUUGAGAGCACGAACGAUGAUCCUGUAGUGAAGUCCUCCGUCAAGGGCAUUGGAGCCGUGACCACGGCCACUAAGACUACAGGCUCUGAUACCAGGCUUAAUCGUCUUGCCACGAAUGGCACUGAUAGGCAGCAUAUACCACUUGAGCAUACCAAUUCGAACCAGUCUCUCACAUCCAUCAAUUCCGUGACGAGACUGGCACCCAGCAGUACGAAUGACAGCGAGUCCAGAGCCAUGUACCCAUUCCGAGUCAAACAUCUCGGCAAAGCCGAGGUCUACACGCUCUAUGCACCGAGCGCCCAAAACAGGCAGGAUUGGUGCGAGAAGAUCCUUGAGGCGAAAACUCGUUACGCGGCAUCGUUGUUCGAGCAAAGUGCAGAGCCGUUCCGGAUGCGUGUUAUGGCGGAUAGCGCAUUUGCUUAUGACAUCGCAUCUUCAGUCUCUCAACGAGGCGGCGUUUCUAUUCAAGGCACACCCCUGGAGCGGGCGAUUCGGGACAUGGAGAAGACAUAUAAUGCACCUCGACCCGGACCGGUAUGCAGGGCUCAAGUGAACUGUGCUACGGCUUUCACUUGCUAUGGGAAGCCGAUGGUCGCUAUCGGUACAGAUUAUGGGGUUUACACCUCGGAGGCAUCGAAUCCUCGAGGUUGGACAAGAUCCAUUCAGAUGAGCCGCGUCACGCAAAUUGCAGUUCUUGAAGAGUUCUCACUGUGUCUAAUCAUUGCCGAUAAGGCGCUGAUUGCCUACCACCUGGAUAUGAUAGCCCCAAUCUCCAGCUUCCCGGCACCGCAUCACGAUACUGCUCGUCGCGCACCGCAAAAGUUAUCCGGUACGCGAGAUGUAUCUUUCUUCGCCACAGCCCGGAUGAAAGACCGCACACUUGUGUUCUACAAGAAGCGAGAGAGCUUGCAUUCAACCUUCAAAGUUCUCGAACCUGUGUUCCAGAAAUCUUCGGAAAAGAAGAGUCGCCUCUUUAGCAAGAAGUUCGGAGGCAGCACAGAAUUCUUUCGCGAGUUCGAUGAGUUCUACAUUCCGACGGAAUGCUUCACCAUCAACCUCUUCCACAGCUACAUCGCCAUCUCCACACUUAAGGGUUUCGAGCUCAUGACUCUGGACAAGAAAGUGCCGAUGAGCAUCCCCGAUACCAAAAAUCCCGCCAUCGGAAACAUCGCCAACCGCAUCAGCGGGCAAAAGCCACUUGGCAUGUUCCGCCUCUCGGACGCCGAGUUCUUGCUCUGCUAUGAAGAAUGCGGCGUCUACGUCGAUAAGCACGGUGAGGUCUCCCGCUCGGUGAUCAUGGAGUUCGUCGGCAAAGCCAAGACGGCCGCAAUGUACGGCGCCUACCUCGUGCUUUUCGACUCUGACUUCGUCGAGGUACGCAACGCGGAGAACGGGCGGCUGCGACAGGUCAUUGCGGGACGCGACGUGAGGUGUUUGGAUUACGGGAUCAACCCACUCGGGACGGGCGCGGCAACGAGCCAUAUGAGCCCACUGGGCAGUCCCGGGGGCACGGAGAGGAGGACGCUGAAGAUGGCGAUGGCGCAUCCGGAGAUUGCAGGGAAUCAGAUUGUACUGGAGAUGGUGCUUAAUGAGGGUCAUGCGGAGGGUGCUUCCUAA